AUGGCCCGCUCUUCAACAACAUCCAUCUGGCGAACACUCAUCAUGUCGGCUCUCGUCCCUGUGGGUGUAGCCGUCACCAACAGCCCGGUGUCGCUUUCCAACUUCAUCCCCCGCAUAGAGAACCUUCCUUCGCAAUGCCAGAGCGUAUACACAAGGACCAUCCAAGGUUGUACGCAAACCGACUUCACCAGCAGCAGCGGCUGCAGCUCUUCCUGUCUCAACGGCUUGGUGACCAUCACCCGAGAAGUGAAUCGCUCUUGCGCAAACGUGGACGUGCCAGAAACCAGCAUCAUCGGUGUCUUCCUCCUCGGCCUCGGAAUCCCAAGUCUCUGCCCCAACGCAGUUGUCACCACCAUCGCAGCUACAUCCGCGGCGCCAACCCAGCAACCACCGCCGCCGCAGACGUCAAGUUCAGAAGAUGAUGGUGACGAUGUCACUACAACGACGACAUCAUCUGCCGCAGCCGUGACCUCAACCUCAAGCGGCAUCGCAGUAGACCCCAGCAUCCCCACCGACACCACCCUCGCAACCUCCAUCGCAACAACCGCAGUCCAAUCCGCCAACCCACCCUCAGAAACAGGAAACCAGGAUGCACAGUCGUCCCCCGCAACCAGCGCAGCAGCUCCCCAGCAAACAGCCGACACGCAAAAGUCCAACGCCGAGUCCGGAGGCGGCUCGCCGUUCGACGUGGUCGCAGAAGGCGGCGCCGCACCACCCUCCGAGCGCAUCGGCAGCAAAGUCGCCCUCAGCUGCAUACUCGGCACCGCGCUGUUAUUCACCAUCUUCCUCUAA